AUACUAAACCGACAUCUACAUUUCCAAUACACCAGGUCAAGAAACUGCCACGCGGUCGACGCGCCCGUCUCCGGUGGAGACAUAGGCGCCAGGGAUGGAACUCUCGCCAUAUUCGCUGGAGCGCACGAGGAAUCCAUCAUCCAACGUCUAUCCCCUCUUUUCAACAUCCUAGGGAAAGUCACCUACAUGGGCCCGCCGGGUAGCGGGCAGAACGCUAAAAUCGCCAACCAAAUCGCGAUAAGCGGCAGCAUAGUGGGACUGAGCGAGGCAUUGCUAUUCGCGAAAACCGCGGGUUUGGAUGAAAAGGGGUUCUUGGAUGCUAUUAGAGAGGGAGCUGCUGGAUCCAAAGCCACGGAUUUGUUUGGAGAGAGGAUUAUUAAUAGAGAAUUGGGACCUGGUGGGUUUGCUGAGUACUUGGUUAAGGAUCUUGGAAUGGCGUUAGAUGGAGCGGAGUUGGCGUUGCCUGGAACUGCAUUGUUUCAGCAGUUGUAUUUGGGGAUGGUGGCGAACGGAGAUGGGAAAUUAGGAUCCCAUGCGGUCGUUACCGCAUUGGAGAGGAUAAAUGGGAAGAACCGUAGGAAGCUGCAGGAUUGAAAUCAGAAGUCGUUCAUGGAUUUGGUGAUGGAGCUUCUUCUUUCUGUUAAUCCUCUUACAUAUACCUCAUCUUCAUGUCUUUUACACGUUUAAUGUCAGCACAAAUGGUAUCGUGAAUGAUUCGAUGAUAUGUCCCAUUAUCAGCUUUCCUAUCUACUGUUGAUAAUACCAUAUUUUCUGGAAGUCGUUAAGUUGAUUUCAGAUCACAGUACAAAUAAAAUGUUCAAUGAAUUACUGAUUUUAAUUCU